AUGAAACUACCACUGGACCGGCUGGCACGAGCGAUGAAUCUGGACGAGCCCAGCUUUGGCGACAACUACAUCCAGGAGUUCGUGCUCGAGCACCUGGACCACGACACGGGCCCGAACGUGAAGCGGGAGGACACCAGCCCGACGGUGGUGCUCGGCGGCUCGAAGAACGUGUGGAACGGGAGUACGGUCGACGAGAACGGUGUCCUGGUGCCGAUCCGGCUGAAGGCGGUCGGCAAUGGAGGCACGGUGGUGGCGGGGCCGGGCGGUGGCUGGCAUCUGGAGGAGCGCAAGCUGCACGCCUGCUCGCCCGGCACGGCCGGUGAUCUGUUCACGCACGUCGGCGGUCCAACGCACGGGCAGCCGAUGCUGUUCAAUCCGCCGAUCAGUGGCGUUCCGUCGACGCCACCGGAAACGCCGCCCGUGAUCGGGUCCCCGAACUCCGCCGGUCCCGUGGUGGUGGGCGGUGGGGGUCAGGGGACUGUAGGUGGCACCGGCAGUGGUAAUACGGCCGGAUCGGGCUACGGAACCGGAGCGUACUAUGGGACCGGCCGGCCGCAGAGUGGGCUGGUCGAGGAGAUGAUGUUCCUGCCGCAGACGAUGCGGGGCGAGCAGCCGCUCGAUCUGCGGCCCCUGCACUGUGCGAUCGGACCGGAAGGCGAGUGGAUUGAUCGGAAGGAGUACGCCGGUGUGCUGGCCGUCAGUGGGCAGACCGGGCAGAAUGGUAUGCUGAUGGGCGGUGCCGGUGUGGUGGGUGGCAUCGGUGGCGGGGUGGGUGGUGGAGGCGCCGGUGUUGGCGGUGGCUUUGGGCAUCAUCAUCAUCAUCAUCAUAUCACGGCGGCCCAGCUGGAGUUCGGGCCGCUGAACAUGCACACGGCGUCCGGCCACCAUCAGCACCACCCGCACCACCAUCACCACCAUCACGGCCAUCACCACUCGCUGCACCCGAACCGACCACACUCGGUCAGUUCGACCAGCUCGACGAUAUCGCCCCGGAACGGAACGAGUAGCAGUGGCGGCGGCAGCUGCUACAAUGGGCUCGGAGGUGGCAACGGCCUGUCGUCGGAGGACCUCAUCAACGACGAGCUGCUGAUGACGUUGUCGGUCCGCGAACUCAACAAACGCCUGCACGGCUGCCCACGGGACCAGGUCGUGCGGUUGAAACAGAAGCGUCGCACUCUGAAGAACCGAGGCUACGCACAGAACUGUCGCUCGAAGCGGCUUCAGCAACGGCAAGACCUGGAACUCACGAACCGCCACAUGCACCACGAAAUGCAACAGAUCAAGUCCGAACUGGUAAAGAUCAAGCAGGAACGGGACGAGCUAAUGCAGACCCUGCAGAUGUACCAGCGGGACCAGCAGUCUCAGGCCAACGUGCUCCAGCAACAGCACCCACAGUAUCAGCAGCAGCAGCAGCAGCAAUCUCGGCAGCAGCAACAGCAUCCAACGUAUCAGCAGCAAUCUCGGCAGCAACAACACCAGCAACAACACCAGCAACAACACCACCAUCAUCAUCAGCAGCAGCAGCAACAGGGUGGGGCCCACCACGGCAACAAUGGUUCCUGCAAUGGCGGCGCCGGAAGUGGCAGUGCAGGAAGUGGGGCCGGUACCAACGGUAGCAGCGGGGCCAGCUCCGGACUAGUUCCUUCCGUGAAGCAGCUGAUCGCGGAGAGUGUCAGCUCGCAGGAGUAUUACGUAUGA